AUGUAUCAGGUUGAAUUGUCGAGCGAGGGCACAUUCUCUCAACCUCGAUAUGUCGCCGACUUGGGUCGUGGCAAGCACGACAAGAAGGUGACGUCGGUGACGUUCAUCCACGGAGCAUACCACGAGCUUUUGCUCGUAUGUGCUGGCGAGGAAGGGUCCAUUCAAAUAUGGAACGCGUCAACUCUGGAACUUGUGGACCACCACAAAAAGCAUAAGUCGACCGAAGUGAUGGCGAUUUCGUCCAAGGAUGACAACGUGAUUGUGGGCGGGGACCGCAACGGAGUGCUCAGCGUGUGGACUCGAAGCACCGGGCACAUUGGGUUGCAUGUCCCCAUUCCCGGGGAUUGUAUCUACAGCAUCGACGUGUGUCCGCAGCGCAAGCAUCAUGUGGCCAUUGGAUACCGCAGUGGCAAGCUCGUCGUCGUCGACAUCACCGACGGCUCGAUCGUCACUCGUUUCAAGGGCCACGACGAAGAAAUUCACGCCGUGACGUGGCGGCCCAACAACGCGACAGCCGAUGCCAAGCCAGUGCUGGCGUCGUCGUCGCGAGAUAAGCGCAUUCGUCUGUGGGAAGGCGCGACGGCGUUGAACGAUCAAGGCGGCAACGCGAGUAUGCUCCAUGAAUGGACGCUCCCUCGACCUAAGAAGGCAGUGUCGUCGCAUCAGAUGGGGCGGCUGUGGCUCACAUGUUGCUGGGUGCCGUCGUCCAAUUUCAGCGUCGUGUGCAGUUCCAUCACAGGCGACCUCUUUCGCUUGGAAUGGACGCCCAAGCAGAAAAAGGUGACCGCCCCCACCACGUUCAAGCACAACCACACCCGCCUCGUAUUCAACAUUGCGCCGCUCGUGGUCGCGUACAACAAGGUGCUGCUGCUGUCCAUAUCGAUGGACCGCGACGUUCGCUUGACAGAUGCGAUGUCCAUGGAGUGCCAUGCCAAGCUCACGGGGCUCGGCGGCCACGUGUAUGCGCUCUCGUACAACGCGAAGAAGGCGCUUGUAGCCGGGGGCGUCGGCGACAACACGAUCCGACUGGUCGACCUGGCCAAAUCCACCACCGAGUUGCUGUGGAAGGGACUGCAAAGCAAAGUGACCGCCGUGGCGUGGAACCCCCUCGGUUCGUCCAUGUUGGCGUAUGCGACAGAGGAAGGGCACAUUGGGCUCUACAACGGCCAAGACCACACGCGCUUCAAGACGUACCAUGGCGGAGGGCUCGUCCGACAAGUUCUGUGGGUUGUGCACUCGUUCCCGUCCGAGAAUACGACGGCCGACGACUGGAUCCAGAGUUUGGAAAGCAUGCAAGUAGGCGGCGACGUCAGUCUAGAGGAGCUGAAAGCACCCGCUGACUCGGCACCGUCGACGACGUCGUGUGUGCUGUGGAGCUGCGCCGUCGACGGCGUCGUGUACGCGUCCAACCCAGACGCCCCCGACGCCAACUCGAUCGCAAUGAACAAACGAUGGGGAGUCCCGCAGGUCACGUGUAUGGCGUGGCUUGGGGGGAUGGUGGCGUUGGGGACCCCCGAGGGCGCUGUGGUGGUGGUGAAGCGGCAGGGACUCACGGCGUGGACCCGUGUCCACACAUUUUACGACCACACCAAGGCGGUGACUGCCGUCGCAUGGUGUGCGACAUCGUCCCAGUUGGCCACAGCGUCCAACGAUGCAACGAUUUGCGUGUAUGCGUUAGAUGGCGGCGUCUUAUCUCCAUUGAAGCACUGCUUGACUGGCCAUGGCGGCGGCAUCACAUGCUUGGACUGGUCGCCGUCGGGGGUGUACCUGGCGUCGGCCUCUGUGGACUCGACGGUCCAAGUGUGGAAGGUCGGGCGUUCCGAGGGGUAUAAUUUCAGAGAGCACAGCGGUCGCGUGCUGGCAGUGACGUGGGUGGACGACGCGACGCUGGCAAGUGGUGGCGACGACCAGUCGAUUCGAAAGUGGACGUUUGCCGACCUCCCACAUACCAUGCCACCGAAACCCAAACACAUUGCCGAGGGUGCAGUGAUGACAGCAGGACCCAAGCGUUCUGUGGCUUGUACCUCAACCAAGAAGAACAAGGCAGCGGGGUUGGCCUCAAUAGCACCCACCUCCUCAACCACGAUGUUUCAUACAUCGUCACCAUCAAACAAGUUGGCCAUAGAAAUAAUACCCACCAGCGGACACGCCUUGACUGACUUUUUGCGUUCGGAACGAGCACAAUUCGAAGCGGAGGGGGAUGUCGAAGCCGCGGGACGAUUGCUGUUGUUGCAGGGGCGGAUUGGAGAAGCCCUUCGACUCGUGUCCCGCCACGAAAAGUUAAGCCCAGUGUGGCUUGCUCAUGCUCCAAUGGCGGGGUUGGAUGUGUGGCGCGAGUACACGCGACUGUAUGCCGAUCGAUGCCGCGACAAGCGUAACUUUGGCGACGCUGUGGAGGCAUUCUUGUCGAUUGGGGAAGUGUACGCUGCGAUCGAGUGCUUGGUGAAAGGAUCCAUGUGGAAGGAAGCUCUGACGUUGAUUCACUUGCGGUGUGCACCCUCCGACCCCAUCCUCCAAGAAACCACGCUCUUGUACAUCGCCCAUUUGAAAGCCCAGGAAAUGUGGCGCGACGCUGGAACGUUGCUGCAGUCGUUGUCGAUGACGGACCAAGCAAUCAGUUGCUUUCUCAAACAACACGACACGUUGGGAGUGGCGUUGGAGCUCAUGGACCCCACUUGCACGUCGGUGCUCACACUGGUAGACAUUGGGACUCGGGGCGUUUUGAAUCGCCAGUUUGAAGUCGUGGAACGAGUCGUGCACUUGUUGUCGGCGGCGACGCACAAGGCCCAAGCGUUUUUGCUGCAGGUGUUUGUGUUUUACACGCAAGACCAACUUUCCGACACUCCGCCGACCGGAUGGAUGCUGGACGACACGUCCACGUUGUGGUCUCAUCUGCAUGACAAAGCCAACGUCGACACAUUGCCCUUGUGCUUGCAAACCAUGCUGGAUCAAGUGGCGCCCAAGUCGGACAAGGUCUGGGCUCGACUGAUUCCAUAUGUGCAAUCUCUGGUUGGCGAUGUGGACGAUAUCGAAGAUGCAUUCGCGGGUGGCGUGAUUGACACCGCGUUUGUGAAGCUGAUGGAGGCCAACGCCGUCGGCUACAUGGUGGUGAAAUGCCUGUGUCAAAUGAGUUUAGACCUUGUCCAGGGCAACUUUUUAGCCGCAUUUGAAGCGUGGAGUGCAUGCCUCGCGCAAGUCGCCCCUCUCACGUCCAGCAACAAGGGGGACCUCUUGGAAGUCUGCGCCCUCGUGUUUCCCACCGGAGUCAACUCGACCCCUCCCCCCGUAGGCGAACUCGUCACAGACUCUGCUUGUAGCCGCGAAUUGUGGGCGACCUUUUUCCUCUACCAAAGUGUCGCGUUUAGUCGCAGUCUCCGCGCCGCCGCCGAUGCGGACGACGACAACGACCACCGGCGACAAGAGGUUCAGGGGGCGCUGCUGUUCGUGAUCCAGUGGAUCAACCAAUUGCUGCCGGCGACAGUUUUGCAGGACAUGGACGAGUCCGUGGUGCGGGUGGCGCAGACGGCGCUCAAUGAUCUGUCGCUGCUGUAUCACCAGCUUCUCGACGAUAAUCGCCCGCCGUUGGCCGAAAUCAGUGCACCCUCGACGUAGCAAUACAUGCGUUUAUUAUACAACGUUAUUAAAGCAAAUGGAAUAAGUCGGUGUUGGUGGUCUCGUUCGUGCAGUGUCCGCAGACGAGUGAUCUUCUUGUUAGCCGUCUAAUAUCGAGUCCAUGAAGUUUUCUUCGUCUUUACUUAAGAUGGAGGACGAGCCGCCGCCGCUGUUGUUCCCUCGAGGGGUCCAGUCCAUGGCGCCGCCGUCGUCGUCGACUGAUUUCCCUCCGGCCACGGGAGCGCUGGACAGCAACCGGCGGGACGCGGUCACCUCACCGAGCCCCGCGCCCAACGCCGUCGGUGUUUGCUGCACCGUGGACGGACGGUCCACAGUGGGGGGCUCGAUAUCGACAAAGUUCUUUUCCAGUUCCUUCAACGUCGCGGGCUUGAUGUCUUUUAGACGCUUGAGCACCCUCGUCUUGCCAAUCAGCCGUUGGGUACACAGUGCGACGUCCAUCGCCCCCUUGCGGACCUUUUCGUUGGAAUGCGCCAGCGCCGCCGACACUGCGUUCAGGACGAGCGUCGAAUUGAGGUUGACUCCAGGGAUGUCGGUCGUGGGAUCCGCCGUCAAGCCAAACUCGGGCACCAACAGGCGCAGCACGUGCAUUUGCACGAGGGGCUCGGCGUCCUUAGCAAACACACACGCGACGACGCAUUGCAUUGUGUGCGUGUUGAGUCGGGCGAGCUUGAGAAUCGCCCGGCAGCUUCCCUUGGACGUACGGUUGUUGGGUUUCUGCAUCCCCCCCAGCAGCCGCAUGAUGGAUUGCAUGGUCAGGUCCUUCACGGGGGUGUCCCGCCAGUCGACGUGGGGGCCGUAAAUUUUGAUCAAGGUCGAGUAGAAAUCAAUCGCUUGGUUCACCACAGGCGCGAUCGAGUCAUUGAGCGACUGGUGGAUCAAUGCGUUGUACGCGACGUACUGUAGCUGCGUGUGGCUGCCCAAGGCUGGCUUGACGUCCCGCAGCUCCGACUUGUGCUCUUCGACCGCCUUUUCAAUGUCAACCAGCGCCUCUUUUCGAUCGCUCCAUGUCUUGCUCUCGAGUUUCCGCCACGCCACGGGCCCUGCCACGUUCUCUGCCUCCCUCAUCGCCGUUGCAAUCAAUGUCGUCACACUCGCGUCAUCUUCUUUCGGCACUUCGAAAAGCGCCACCGGAGAGUCGUCCCCGACUUCGGGGGUCGCCGACAAAGUCGAUUCCGUCUGGUUGGCAGACGGAGCGGCUUGGCUUGUCUUGAGUUCCUCCACGCGGCGUUGUAGCACCUUGAGCAUGGCGGGUUUAAUAUCUGUGAGGGAUUCCAGCGCAGCAUCCUUGUCAGGGGAAUACAGGAUGGCCGCAGCAGCAACGUCCAGCGCUAGUUUGCGCGUCUUUUCGUCGGCAAUUUUCAGAGCUGGCACUGUCCACGCCAGGAUCUUGUCGACUGGCACGACGGUGUACCCCAGUUCAGCCACAAGUUCGUGAAUGAGCUCUAGUCGCGACUUGUCCAACGGUUCGCUGUCAAACGUUGCCAUGAGGGAUGCCAUGGUUUGCAAUCGAGGCGCCUUUGCAAGCCGAAGCAGGCCUUGGAUAGCUUCCCGCUGAGUGCGUUUGUUUGAGUCGUUGAGUUUUGCAAGCAGCGAUGUCUGGAGUGCGUGGAGUUGUAGAGGCAAUGCCGCAUGUUGCAACAGGCGUUUGUUCUUUGCUGUGAGGGGAACGAGCACGCCCAGAACAUGUUGCAAACACUCUAACGAACAAUACAUGACAGGUGCGACACGGUCCACAACCCCGCAAUUGAUGGCUGCCAGGGAUGCCGUGAGCACGGCGGCCGGUGGCGGGGCGCCAGAGGCGGACGGGUCCAGUUUUUUCACAAACAACGAUAUCGCAUCGAACCCGUCUUGUCGAUCACCCCACGGAUCCGCGCCUAGCAGUCGUGCCACGCGCUCGCCAAAUACUGACGUGAUGGCGGCGCCAGCGUCAAAGUCCGGAUCUGGCUUGGAUUCUACCGUGGUGGCUUCGGGGGCGGCGUCAGACGAGGAGUGCGGGACUGUCACGAUGUCAUCGUCUGUCACCACGGCGGACGCGGUGGCCAAUAUAGGCGCAUCUUCGUGAAAAGCACGAGACUUUUUAGGCUUGACCAGCACGGGUGGUUCCGGUCGAUUGUUUGGAGUCGUUGACUCAAGGCGUUCCAGGGGUGGGGACGGGUGAACGCUUGGACGUUUGACAGGCGAUGGACACAAAUUGUCGGUGGACGCUCUAGCUUCGGGGGGUGCCACUAAACUGCUGGGGGCUUCAUGGGAGAUUUCUUCCCUUGCAAAGAGCCGCUUCUUGGGCGACGAUGCCUGCAGUUUGGACGGGGUCUUGCCGAUGACAAUCAAGUCUGCCACUGCUGGCGCACUCACUAGCAAUUCUUCUUCGCCCAGUACAAUACCGUUGCUUUCCUCGCUAUCCGCGUCAAACGUAUAUGCCGAUGGCUGCUCGUUGUUGGACAUCAAGGACUCCGACGAUGCCACACCUUCCAUCAUCUCAUCGUCGCGAGGCUCGCCGUGGUCGACAAUGUUCACGUCUUCGUCAUCAUGCUGCUCAAUGUUAACGUCAUCGUCGUCGUCAUCCUCCUUGUUAUGUGACGUAUCAUCAUCUCCAGAAGACUCCAGGCGAGGUGUGCUGCCUUGAUUACACAGGUCCAACUGGGACGGCGACGGCUGCAUGCCACGCAAGUCGCCUUCGUUUGGCGCCGCAUCUUUCUUUCGCCCAAGGGGGUUGGUGAACUUGGACUUGAGGCGGCCCAUGACGCUCUUCUUCUUGCCACCCGAGUCCUCCUUCGCAACAACCGAUGGCAUUGCUCUUUGCUUGGUACUUUCUCACGAGCUAUAUUGCUGGCUGCUGUACAAGGGAAGCUCUCGCAGCGACGGAACAGAGAACGCGGAGCUGAAUGCCUUCAGAAUUGCACUGACCAACGGCAGUUAGGUGGCUGGCUCUGCUAUGAAAC